CGUCUUGGCGGCAGCGUCAGUCGCGUGGGGCGGAUCUAUAUGGUGACUAUAUAAAGAGACUACCCGCUGCUCCCGACCCCUGACAGUCCCGCCGGCUUCUCCCUUCACUGAAGUACAUCGCACCCUCAACGGCCAUGGAGUCAGAGAAAGCCAAAGAAGUUCCGGACGGGGAGCCCAUGGACUUGAUGGUGGACGAUGUGACCAGCACUUCAGUAACCCUGAGCUGGAACUCCCCCAAACAUAUUGGCACGAGUGGUUUGGCAGGAUACCUUGUGGAAUACAGCAAGGAAAGCACUGAAACCUGGGUCGCUGCCAACAAGGAAUUGACCACAAAGAAUCUCCUGGUGAUUAAAAACCUGACCGAAGGGGACAAGCUCCAGGUUCGGGUGAAGGCGGUUCACGGGAGCGGGGCCACUGCCACUGCUACCCUCCCGGGCACGGUGCUGAUCAAGCAGCCAAUUGAUCCUCCCAAAAUCCGUUCACCCCGCAAUCUCAGGGAGACAUUUAUUCGGAAAAUUGGCCAGAAGUUGAACCUGUCCAUACCUGUCCAGGGCAAUCCCAAACCCACCAUCACCUGGAGCAAAGACGGGCAGCCUCUGCCCUCAGACCGAGUGAGCAUUUGUAACAGCGCCACCAACGCCAUCUUGUUCAUCAGGAAAUUGGAGCGGGAGGACUCUGGCAAGUACAAGCUGGAGGCCCAGCAGGACACGGCCAAGGAUGAGUUGGUCAUCGACGUACAGGUCGUGGAGAAACCUGGACCGCCACAGAACUUGAAGUUGGGGAGCGUGUGGGGGUUUAACGUGACACUGGAGUGGCAGCCGCCCAAGGACAACGGGAACACUGAAAUCAGCGGCUACACCAUUCAGAAGGCGGACAAAAAGACAGGGGAGUGGUACACCGUGAUGGAGAAGUCUCAUACCACCACCUACACCAUCUCCAACCUGGUGAUGGGCAACCACUACAACUUCCGUGUCUUCUCCGAGAACCUGUGCGGACUCAGCGAGAAGGCGGCAUUAUGCAAGGACACGGUCUACGUCCCUAAACCCAGUAAAAUAUACACUCCCCCUGUGUAUGAAGAGAACAAUUUCAACGAGCCCCCUAAAUUUACACAGCCUCCUGUGGACAAGAUCACUACAGUGGGAUUCACCACCAAGCUCUUCUGCAGUGUGAGGGGUAAUCCGAGGCCCAAAAUCAGCUGGUCGAAGAACCAGGUUUUGCUGGACGAGAAUCCCAAGUACAGGGUUCUGACUAAUGAGGGCAUCUGCACCCUGGAAAUCCGCAAACCGUGUGCUUUUGAUGGAGGCGUCUACACGUGUCAAGCAACGAAUGCACUGGGAGAGGUGGCUGCCAACUGCAAGCUGGAUGUGAAGGCUGUUGUUAUGGCCCAGUAAUAUCUGGAUCCGAUGGAACCAGCAUCUCCAGACAGAAGCGUUCUUCGUCAGCUUCCUCCCACUUUCUAACGUUGAAGGACGUGUUCCAACUAUUACGUAUGAAGUCGCCCGAUAUUUAGUAGCGCAGAAAAAUCUAUGACCAUGAGCUACAAUCGAUCGAAUCUCACUCCAGACAUCUGUCCCUGAUAUUUGAAAAAGUGUGUGACUUUAGUAGAGUUGUGUCAUUGAGACUUGGCAAUGGACAAAAGUACAAAUAAAAAAUUCUAAAGAGG